AGCGCGCGCCUCCCGGACCGUGGCAUCCCGUCGUCGUCGUCGUCGUCGUCGUAGUUCGGGUUUUGACAUCACACACAGAGGAUUAGCCACAAUGUCAAACGUCCACAGGCAGCGCGAGCUCACGGCUUCCACGCGCCGCGAGGAUGAGAAGCACCGCCGCGUUCCCCUGCUCAUCCUCUAAACGCAAAACUCCAUUCACCUUUUACGGGUUUGUUCCAUGUUCCCGGAGAGGAUGCGUUUGAGGUCUCUGUGAGCGUGUGAGCCAGGUCAGAGGUCAUGCUGCGGAGGGAACCUGACUCCCACGGCCUCUUUUCCUCCGGCGAGACGUCUGACAAUGACUGUGAGAACGGCGCGAGUUGUGUAGAGGUAGACGUAGCGUGCCUGUGCGAGGCCGGUCCCUGUACACUUUAUUCAGAAGCACACGCGCCUACGCCGGACACGCGGCUGUGUGAACACUGUGGAAAAAACAGAGUAACCAUAACCAGGUACUCUGAGGGAUACGGCACAGAGGAGGAGUGUGUAUUAUCUGACCCUCAGGGGGAGAGUGAUGCAGAUGCAGAUAUAGAGGAUACAGAUUGCAGACUCCAGGAGCCAGGUUCUCUCCAGCGAAUCAGCUCGCGGAGACGCAAGCGUCCACGGGUAGCGCGGCAAGACACCACGGAGAGCGAAGACGACGGUGGGAGGAGUCACAGAUCCCACCGCUGGAACCUCAGGCUCAGUCCGGACAGAGGCCACAGCAGGACCAUACUGGAGGAGAGCAUAUCACAGGUCAGGCCGCUGAUCAUCUGCCGUCCGAACGUCGAGGGGCACAAGGGUCCAGUCGAACUGUCCCGGGGCUCCAAACUGAUGUCUCUGUGGCCGUCAUCCCUCUCUCUUCCUCUUAUCCUCCUCCUCUCGCUGCCCCUCUCCCUCUCCCUCGUCAUUGUCAUCGUGUCUUUCCUCCUACCGUGGGCCAGUGCUUGACCCCACAUUUCUGUCGCAAGAGAAUAGUUUAAUUCCAAAAAUGACAAAAAAAAAA